CGCUACAAGAUGGUUCACCUCUCCGACGCUCUUCGCUUGGGUCUCCUCUGGAUGCACGGGGGCAUAUACUUAGACCUGGACGUGGUCGUGCUCGUGAAAUUGGGCGCUUUCGUCAACAGCCUCGUCCAGUCAAUGGACGACAUGGUGGCCAACGGCAUUCUUUUCUUCGAUCGGUACCACCCUUUCCUUGGCGACUGCAUCAAAACUCUUGUCUCCAACUACAACCCUCACGUGUGGGGUCAGAACGGUCCGGUGUUGAUGAGGAGCGUCUUCUUGCGCUGGUGCAACGCCACUGUCGUGGAGGACAUGGUGGAAAAGAGUUGUAAGGGUGUGACGCUGCUUCCCAGGCGCUACUUUCUGCCCUUGAACUAUAGCCAGCAUAGUAAGUUCUUCAGAGACAGCGAUGCCGAGGAGGUCUGGAACGCAUCGGCCGACAGUCACAUCAUGCACGUCUACGGGAGUAACAGCGCGGAUGUCAUCGCCGAACCCCGUUCUGUGUAUGCUACGGCAGCACGAAGGCAUUGUCCUCGGACGUUCGCUCUUUCUAUGAAGCUGGACGGUCACAUUUAA